AUGAUGGCGCCCGAGACUGUGGUGACUACUGAACACAACAAACCUGCUGCAGCUUCACCUCAGCAGCAAGGCGGCGCGUUGGAUUGGCUUAAAUUCGACGUAAACUAUUUCAAAACUCCACCAGGCUUGUUGAAAAUAAUACAACUUGUGCUCGGUAUCUUGUGUAUGGCGCUGGCGUCGCCUUGGUACUCCACGUGGUUCGUCUUCGUAGCCGUCACGAGUUUCAUUACCACUCUCAUUUGGAGUUUCGUGUACCUGCUCAGCAUUAAGGAAGUCCUCAAAAUCCCCAUUAACUGGGUUUUGUCUGAGCUGAUCAGCACCAGUAUAGAGACAUUUAUGUACCUGAUCGCCUUCAUCGUACUAUUCGCAGCGACCGCUGGCUACUAUACUACGGGCUACGGAGCUAACGUUGCAGCAGCUGUGUUCGGUAUUUUCAACACGGUGGCGUACGCAGCCAGCUCUUUCCUGCUGUUCAAGGAGCACCGAGGAUCAACUGCGACGGGGCAAGUGGCGUGA